CCGCUCUGGCCCAAGUCCCGGGGCUUCGCCCAGUCCACUCUCGCUUGGCCAGCCAAAAGCUGGGGGGACCUUUAAGUUUGCCCUGCGCUCUUUUGGCUUCAGUUUGUUGUUUCCUCGUUUGCUUCAACCCAUCGACCGACACAUUCAUUCCUUUCUUGACCUGGCUCAGUGAGCCCACCUUCAUUUGACAACCUCAUCAUCGAAGAAGGAUCAAGAGCAACUGGUCCUCGUUCUUUCCCUUGACCACGCUUUGCUUGACGUUCAUUUGAGCUCAAAAAACCAUCUGGUGAUACACCACUCACUUGGUAUCAACCACAGACAGCACGCUUGGCCACUAUGAAGUCGACCGUGUUUAUCGCCAGCUUGCUGGCCUCGCUUGCCGCCGCCCAGCCUCACGGCCAUGGCCACGGCCACAAGCACCGCAGGAAGGAGCACCACCACGGUGAACGGGGGCUCGUCGUGAGCUGGGUGACCGAGACUGUCUACGAGACGGUCACCGCCGUCGUCGACGACAGCACCACUGAGCUGAUCAUGCCGAGCACCAAGCCGGCCACCACCACGUCCUCGAUUUCCACUAGCACAACUCCCAGCCCCAUUCCGGUCAUCCCGGAUCCCGAGCCGAGCUCCUCCUCGACAUCAACCACGAAGGCUCCGGUGGUGCAGCUGCCUCCUCCUCCCCCACCCCCUCCCCCGGCGCCGACCACCACCAAGGCGGCGCCCCCUCCCCCCCCUCCCCCUCCUCCUCCGCCGCCGCCACCCGUCGAGACUCCCGAUGAAGGCGAGGACGACGGCGGCGACAGCGGCGGCGGCGGUGGUGGCGCGACGUACAGCGGCGAGAUCACGUACUUCGCGCUGGGCCUGGGCGCGUGCGGGUUCGACGACAGCAACAAGGACCACAGCGACAACAUCGUGGCGGUGUCGUCGCAGCUGAUGGGCGCGCUGUCCAACGGCAACCCGAUGUGCGGCAAGACCAUCACGAUCCGCGCCAACGGCAAGACGGUCCAGGCCCGCGUCCACGACAAGUGCCCCAGCUGCGCGCCCGGCGACAUCGACGGCUCCGAGAAGAUCUUCCUGUCGCUGUUCGGCUCGCUGACGGCAGGUCGCAUGAAGAUUGAGUGGUGGUUUAACAACUAGACGCUUUUUUUUGUCUAGUUGUUGAUUUGGGUUUGUUUUUGGCUUUUUGUGUGGAUGGGCGGACCCGGCGGCGACCCGGUCGGUUGCUUGGAUAAAUGCAUCCAAUCCCCCCCCGGGCAUUAUGAUGUGAUGCCACUUUUCGCUUCUGCCUCUACUCGUCACCAGGCAAUGGGACGAGAUAUAAAACUACAUAACACACUGGCGUCUUGGGCCUGGUAGCACUCCAGGCUCGGAGAGAGGAAAAGGGGAUAGGGCGCCAUAGGUAUACCCGGCCGAUAGACUUCGUCUUCCUGUACAUACUUAGGGGUAACCCGGUUUUGAAUCGACUGGAUAGUCUACUUGCGUUGUUGGCGUUCUCACACCUUGAUG